AUGAAGCAGCUCGAGAUUGCCAGAAGUAAAACGACCGACCGUCUGCGGUUCAACAUCUCCUGGUCUUUCUUUUUCUCGCCACCGCUGAGGUCCCGGAGGUUCCUGCGGACCCGGCUGGCCACGAAAAUACGUCUGACGGUGAGCGCGUUAAACAACAAAAUCAGACAGAAUGGAAUCACCGGGGUGAACAACUACACCUUCAGUCAGUCAGUGACCCAGAGUCCGAAUGCGGUGACUGGAAAAGAGUGUGAGUCCGUCACCAUCACCUUCCUUUUCCAUGUUGGUUCCAGUGGCAGCUACGUAUUUAAUGUAGGACGUUUCUUCAAGCAAGCACAACCCGGUGCUAAACGGCAGCGGAUCACGACAGGUGGACGGUUUGUUGUGUCGACCAAUAAAGCGGAAAAGACCUUUACGGUGAAAAUUAUUCGUUUGAGAGUUGAGGACAUGGCCACAUAUUACUGUCAAGCUGAGUACAAGUGGAGAACACACAGUGAUGGGCCUGCGGAUGGGAAGGGGACUACGGUGACUGUCACAGCCGAUUCCAUUUCCGCGGGUUCCCAGAGCCCGCCUCAACAAUCCUCUCUUUCUGGUGACACUGCCACCCUUAACUGCGUAUAUUCCGGAUUCUGCUCGUACACAGUACACUGGUACCGGCAGUUCUCAGGGCAGGCUCUGGAAUUCCUGCUCCAAAGACAUACUUCAGGAAAGCAAGAUGAGGAAGAGGCUGCCGAUGGUCGUAUUUCUGGUUCUCUCGAUCCUGCCCAGAAAAUCAGUCAGUUAACGCUAUCUGAAGUACUGCCGAGCGACGAGGCUGUGUAUUACUGUGGGAUGAGUCCGCGCAUCGCACAGUGA